AGAACCGAAGCAGGAUCGGACCCAAAACAGGGGGCUCGCUUGUCCCUGCUAAAACCAAAUGGCCUCCGAACAAAUCCACCGAAGAGACCACAUCGACAACAACAACAACGACGUGGAGAGAGACUUAGUCCCCAAGAUGACCAGCCACUACGAGUCCCUCGCCGAGAAAGCCAAGGACCCCGCCAUCACCAUCGUCGGCGGCAAAGACGCACCAACCGAAACCACCGCCCCCAAAACAGAGCACGACAGCCCUUCCAAGAUGGCGGACAAGAGAGGUGGCGAUGGCCAUGGCCAUGGCGACACGGGAGGGAAAGUGAAGGAGAAGGUGGUUCAGGGCGCGAGGGAAGGCUACGAGGCCGUCAAGGAAACGGUCGCGAAGGCCAAGGACUAUACGGUGGAGGCAGGGCACAAGGCGGCGGAGGUCGCCGCAAAGCCCUUGGUGGCCGCCAAGGAUGCCACGGCGGCGGUUGGCGAUAGAGCGAAGGAGGCAACGGCUGCGAAGACGGAGCAGAUGGAGCGAGAACGGCAGGGCACGUGGGCGAGCGAGCAGAGAGGAACCAAGACGAUGGACGAGAUCUUGCAGGAACCGGCGGAGUACCAGGACAAGGAAAACCGAGCCAUCGUGGAGGCGGAGGUCGACAGAAUGCGAAACCAGGGGAAGCAGGGGAAAUUGGGAGGGAUACUGGGAGCCAUUGGAGAGACGCUGGUUGAGAUUGCGCAGUCGACCAAGGACAUGGUUUUGGGCAAGGACCACCGCAGAGGCAAGCCUGAGAACGCCGUGGUGUAUGACUUGGGCUAUGGUGGCAAGCGACCCGAGCACGAUGCUCAGGGACCUGAGCAGUGAGAAAACUCAUCAUCAACAUAAGAAGCCCAUCUCAAUUGCAGUAAAAAAAAAAAAAAAAAAGCAUGUACCUACGUGUGUGUGCAGAAGACAAACAUUUUCCCUUUUCCUUCUCUUUUCAAUCCUUGCUUUCUAGGACACUCUUGAAGCGUUCAAAUGAAGUUUGACAGAUGCUUGUGAUUUUGGAAUGGUUGAGUGGUGUUCAUAGCA